UCUCUUCACCUUGGUCGUGUUUGCGUAAACAAACAUUUUCAUGAUCAUCUGCAAGCAACGGGAUUGGGAUGGAAAAAAAGGUGCUAACUACUCAUGUGGCGUGUCCUACUUCUUCACGAUCAAUCGCUCGCAACGAGGUGAUGGCAGCUAAAUAGUACGCCGCUGGAAUCGGUGGAUUUACGUGAAAACUGUGCUGUACCAAGUGCACUUACAACAACCAACCGGAAGCAGAAAAGCCACGCACAGUGCAAUGUUCCCGUGGUUCGAUAUUCGGUCGAUCAAUCUGAUCAACUUUCUGUUCGUCAACCUGAUCGUAACCGUCGUGGUUCUCGGUGGAUUGUUGGCAACUAUCGAGACACAUCUACCCACUGCUAUUCGGCAGACGUUUCGCUAUGGUAAACACGCGCUUAAAGGCACGCCGGAUCGUUUGGUCUCUUUGCUGGAGGUACCCAAGGCAUGGUUUAAACACUUCUACAUCUUUGCUGCUAUCUGGGCACUCGCUGGGUUUGGCGUUAUGAUGCAAACUUACAUCUCUGGCAAACCAGCUCCCGAGUACGUGAUAACAUUCCUCGAUACCAUGGCUACAAAUAGGCGCAUGGUGCGCACAACACCGACCGAAACAAUGAUUGCCAUGACGCUGAUCACGUUACAAUGCUUACGACGGUUCUACGAAACCUGGUUCGUGCAGGUGUUUUCCAGCAAGUUGAAAAUCAACCUUUCCGCUUACCUCGUUGGAUACAUACACUACUUCGGUACGAUCGUGGCGAUCCUUUCGCAGGCAGAAGGAUUCACGCGCAUUGGCCCGGUGGCGCUUCCUACCAAUGGGUAUCGGUUUGAGCCCUCGUUAUCGCUUGCCCUAGCUAUCGGAGUAUUUUACUACGCCUGGUUCCAUCAGUAUCGAUCGAACGUAAUCCUUGCCAACUUGCGCAAAGAUCAAACCGGUAAGGUGGUCAACCAGAAGCACAGCUUACCGACCGGGGACUACUUCGAUGUUGUAUCCUCACCGCACAUGUUCUUCGAGAUCGUGAUGUACGUUGUGCUGUUCGGGAUUUUGCAUCGGAACAGUUCGAUGGUUUACGUGCUACUAUGGGUGCUUUCGAAUCAGCUGAUGAACUCCUGGCUAACGCACCAGUGGUACGUUGAAAAUUUUUCCAACUAUCCUAAGCAAAGGAAAGCUCUCGUACCUUACGUUCUGUGAGAGAGAAAAGGGACAAGAUCAUUUUUCGGAUUCCAGGUGCUGGGCAUUUCAGGACUACACGGGUACGAUCUAAAACGAUUUAAUGGUGCUAAAUGUUACUUACAACGUAUUUAUUAUAUUCAAACAUUUUUCAAGUUGAAUAAAAUGUUAAUCUUCUAUCAUUUGAUUCUUUGUUUGGUCUUUGGUAAAA